CUCAAUGUAAUAUUAUCUGCAGACUAAAAUUCCAUAUAUCAACAACCCAGAACAAUCUACAACAACGCUCCAACGAUACGAUAAUUUGUUCAGACUACCUUUGAUUAUACAUACUAGCUAUACCGCCAUAUCAUGCAGAAUUUUAAGGUGUUGAACGUGCUGCAGUGCUUCGUCAUCGCGACCGCGUUAAUAACGUUGUCCGCGGCGGCGGACGAGCCGGCGGCCGAACCGUCGCUCUACUCGGCCGCGUACUUGCCGCCGAAACCAGUGGUCGCGGUCGGCGGCCCAGUCCACUACGGCAGCCCGUACGACGGCGCCGUGGCCAGCACGUCGACAAGCGUGUUCCGGACGCCCGGCCACCCGGGACAGGUGUCCGCGGUGCACAAAACCGUCGAAACGCCGUACUCGUCCGCGCACAAGGCGGACGUCCGGUAUACCAACGACGUGCAACUGCCGUAUCACUACCAACCGACCGCGGCCGUCCCGUACGGCUACGGCCCGGCUCCCGCCGUUCCUUACGGUUACGGCCCGGCUGCCGCCGUUCCUUACGGCCACGGACCGGUCGCCGCCGUCCCGUACGGCCACGGACCGGUCACUGCCGUCCCUUACGGUCACGGACCGAUCGCUGCGGUCCCUUACGGCCACGGACCGGUCGCCGCCGUCCCUUACGGUCACGGACCGGUCGCUGCGGUCCCUUACGGCCACGGACCGGUCGCCGCCCCGUACGGCUACGGGCCGACCGCCGGUGCCGUCGUGACUCCACCGCAUUCUGUCUCGCACACCAGUUUCUCCGGACCGUACGGAACCCACUACUCGUACAGACGGUGAUUUGGACGAUUCGCACAACGAUCACGUCGCGGCCGGGAUGUAAUGAGUGAUGAGAACUUAACAUAUGACAGUGAUUGUGCCGACGUCCUUAUAAUGAUUUAAGCAAAUUAUUUAUUUUGUAAACGCCAUGAAAAAAUUAUGUCAAAAUAUAUUUGAAAAAAUAAC